AGCAGCAGAGGCUUCUGGGAGUGGAAGUCCACAACACCCUUGGUCUGUCUCCUUGAGCGACAGCUGCAAGCGCCUCCCGGCAUCCCUCCCUCGUGGCCUCGCUGUCCCCGCCCCUUCCGGCCAGAGGAGAAUCUUCCCAGAGAGGCGCCCAGAAGAGGUGGAGAGGGACCCGGAAGGGCUUGGGGACUCCAAAGAGGGAAGGAGCAUGGAGGGGGGAUCUUUCUCUCCCUGGAACAUCUGGGAGACAUCAGGACCUCGGGAGGUUUGCAGCCAGCUGCACCUUCUCUGCCGCCAGUGGCUCCGGCCAGAAAGACAUACCAAGGGGGAGAUGUUGGACUUGGUGGUCUUUGAGCAGUUCCUGGCACUCCUUCCCUCGGAGAUGUCGUCCUGGGUGAGAGAAUGUGGGGCAGAGACCAGUUCCCAGGCGGUGGCCCUGGCAGAAGGCUUCCUCCUGAGUCAGGCAGAGAAGAAGCAGGAAGAGGAGACGGAUUUGUUUCCGGAAAGGAUCCCCGAGGCAGAUCGGUGUUUUUCUGAAUCCAGUCAAAGGCAGCAGCCAAGGUGGAUGAUGGAGGACAGCGAAGGAAAAUCUCCCUCAAUGAGAGAUGGAACAAGGACUUGGUCUACAAGUAUAAGUGCAUCUCUUCCUCAUGAUUAUCUCAGAACAGCAUCUGCAGGAGUACAUCAGGUGACUUUUGAGGAGGUGGCUGUGGAUUUCACAGAAGAAGAGUGGGCUCUGUUGGACACAGGCCAAAGGGCCCUUCAUCAGAAGGUGAUGGAGGAGAAUUUGGAAAUCCUGUCCUCUCUUGGAAGCACUUAUGGAAACAGUUCCUCGUUAAAGUCACAACUUCUGACAGAUCAAAGAACCAAAAAGGCAGAAAAAACACUGAAGGGUUUGAAGGGGAAAAAGAGAUUCAGUCAAAAGGCCUUCCUCUCACGUUACCAAUCAGAUCACAAAGGGAAGAAACUAUUUCAUUGUUGGAUAUGCCGAAAGGGUUUCAUUUUGAAGAGUCACCUCCUUUGUCAUCAAGCAACUCAUGUUGGAGAGAAACAGUUUAAAUGUGCAGAGUGCGGGAAAAGUUUCAGCCAAAAGUUAUAUUUCACUCGUCAUCAAGUAACUCACACAAGAGAGAUGCAGUUUAAAUGCCAGGAGUGUGGAAAAGGCUUUAUUUGGAAGGCACACCUCACUUGGCAUCAAGCAACGCACACUGGGGAGAAACCAUUCAAAUGCCUAGUGUGUGGAAAGGGCUUUAUUCGGAAGGCAAACCUCAGUUGGCAUCAAGUAGCCCACACAAGGGAGAUGCAGUUCAAAUGCCUGGAGUGUGGAAAAGGCUUUAUUCAGAAGGCACACCUCACCUAUCAUCAAGCAUUUCACACUGGGGAGAAACCUUUUAAAUGCCCAGAGUGUGGAAAAGGCUUUAUUUGGAAGGCACACCUCACUUGGCAUCAAGCAACUCACACUGGGGAGAAACCGUUCCAAUGCCAGGAGUGUGGAAAAGGUUUUAUUCAGAAAACACACCUCGCUUGGCAUCAAGCAACUCACACUGGGGAGAAACCAUUCCAAUGCCCGGAGUGUGGAAAAGGCUUUGUUCGGAAGGCAAACCUCAUUCAGCAUCAAGCAACUCACACUGGGAAGAAACCAUUCCAAUGCCUCGAGUGUGGAAAAGACUUUAUUCGGAAGGCAAACCUCAUUCAGCAUCAAGCAACUCACACUGGGGAGAAACCAUUCAAAUGCCUAGAGUGUGGGAAAAGUUUCACCCAGAAGACCUCCCUCACUUGGCAUCAAGCAACUCACACUGGUGAGAAACCGUUCCAGUGCCUGGAGUGUGGAAAAGGCUUUGUUCAGAAGACAUCCCUCACUCGUCAUCAAGCCAUUCACACUGGGGAGAAACCAUUCCAAUGCCCAGAGUGUGGAAAAGGCUUUAUUCGGAAGUCACACCUCACUCGGCAUCAAGCAACUCACACUGAGGAGAAACCUUUCAAAUGCCCAGAGUGUGGAAAAGGCUUUAUUGGGAAGGCAAACCUCACUCGGCAUCAAGCCAUUCACACUGGGGAGAAACCAUUCAAAUGCCCAGAGUGUGGAAAAGGCUUUAUUCAGAAGUCACACCUCACUCUGCAUCAAGCAAUUCAUACUGGGGAGAAACCAUUCAAAUGCCCGGAGUGUGGAAAAGGCUUUAUUCAGAAGGCAGACCUCACUCUGCAUCAAGCAACUCACACUGGGGAGAAACCAUUCAAAUGCCUGGAGUGUGGAAAUAGUUUCACUUGGAAGAAAUCCCUCGCCCAUCAUCAAGCCAUUCACACUGGGGAGAAACCAUUCAAAUGCCUGGAGUGUGGGAAAAGUUUUUUUCGGAAGAUAGAUCUGACUUACCAUGAAACAAUUCACAGUGGGGAGAAACCGUUUCCGUGUCUGGAGUGUGGUAAAGGUUUCAGUCGGAAGGCAGACCUCACUCGGCAUCAAGCAACUCACAGAGGCGAGAAGCCAUAUGAAUGCCUGGAGUGCGGAAAAAGUUUCACUCAGAAGACAUACCUCACUCAGCAUCAAGCAAUUCAUACUGGGGAGAGACCAUUCAAAUGCCUGGAGUGUGGACAAAGUUUCCCUCGAAAGGCAUCCCUCAUCUAUCAUCAAGCCACUCAUAUUGUGGAGAAGCCAUUUAAAUGCCUGGAGUGUGGGAAAGGUUUCAGUGGGAAGGCAUGUCUUGGUCGUCAUCAAGCAACUCACUCAAAGCAGAAGGAUUUGAAGGUCUUAUAUGACAUUCAAAAUCCAUAGCGAUGAGAAACCAUUGAUAUGUUUAGAGUCUGAAAAGUGUUUCACUAAUGACUCUCUCAGAACACCUCCUAUGCAAGAACACAUGGAGAAUACAUUGUUCAGAGUCUUGAUGUGUGGGGAUGCAUAUAACAGAGGAUUCGUUUUUGAAAAAUUAAUCAUGAACUUUAAUAUCAAAGGGGUGCUGUGGUUUCCGGGCUGUAUGGCUGUGUUCUAGCAGCAUUUUCCCCUGACGAUUCUCCUGCAUCUGUGGCUGGCAAAUUCAGGGGAUCAUAAAUGCAGGUGAAACAUCAGGAGAAAAUGCUGCUAGAACAUGACCAUACAGCCCGGAAAUCACACAGCAUCCCAGUGAUUCCGGCCAUGAAAGCCUUUGACAAUACUAUAAUAUCAUACUUUAUACUUAAAUUACAGGAAACAAUGCACAUACAACAAAUAGAUAUAAAAACAAGCAAAGCAAAAGAGAAUCAAGCAGUACAGCACGUCACUCCUAUGCUCCUCACCCAUUAGAAUUGACUUGGGAGGAUUGUGAAGAAAAUAGGAAAACCAUUAUUUAUUCUGUAUGGAUGAAGAAAAAGAUAAAACUACGCAAAGAAUAAAUAGAAGACUAACAGAUCUAAGUAAAGUUAUGCAUAAAUGGCAAUUAAAGGAUGUAUGGAGGGUAAUAAAGGCAGAUGAAAAGAAAUAUACAUUUUAUUCUACUGUACAUAGAGUGUACACAAGAAUUGAUUAUUUUUUGGUUUCAGUAAAUAUGCUGAGUAAAUUGUUAAAUGCGAA